AUGCCUGAAGCCGUCCCUCCCCAUAAACGGGCUCUGACCGAUACAACCACCAAUCCACGCGGCAAUGCCAUCUCCCCCGCUGCGCUGAAGAAGCGCAAGCUCGAUAUUCAACCUUCCUCCCAGUUCAAAGCCCCUGCAAAGAAUGCCCAGCGCAAAGGAUUCGGUUCAACUCAACCCCAGAAGAGUCAGUUCGAGGAGGAGGUUCUUGAGAAACUGACCCAGGACAUCGGAGAUUUGAAAGGGAACAAUGCGGAGAAGGACCAGCAAUGGGAGCGACCCCCUUUGGGCGACUUCGAUCCCACAAAGGAGAAUAUCUGUUUUCAGCAGAUUGAUGCUGAAGAAGGUCGAUUUGGAGCCGACAAGAUGGCUGUUCGCCUGUUUGGUGUCACCGAGCUCGGUCAAUCGGCUAUGCUGCAUGUGACGGGUUUUCAACACUAUCUUUAUAUCGCAGCUCCGGUCGGAUUCACACAGGAAGACUGCGAUCCUUACCGAGCCUUCCUCGAGACCAAACUCGCGCAAAUGGUCCCAGUCAUCCAAUCCGUGCAGGUCACCCUACGAGAGAAUCUUUAUGGAUUCCAGGGAAAUCAAAAGAGCUGGUAUCUUAAGAUCACCGUGACUGAUCCAAAGUUCAUCGCCAGGCUGCGAAGCGCGCUUGAAACAGGUAGUGGAUCUAUGAACUACAAAGGGUUGUGGAGCAAUUCCGACUCGGGGAUCCUGACAUUCGACAACAUUCAAUACCUGUUGCGAUUCAUGAUUGAUACCGGCCUGCACGGCAUGUCGUGGGUUGAAGCCAAAGCCGGAAAAUACCGCCUUUUGCCGGACCACGAAAGGCAAUCCAACUGCCAGAUUGAGGCCAUCAUGGACUACCGCGACAUGAUUGCACACGCCCCUAACGGUGAAUGGGCCAAGAUGGCUCCACUUCGUGUUCUGUCUUUCGAUAUUGAGUGCGCUGGACGCCAAGGCAUUUUCCCUGAACCUAACGUGGAUCCGGUUAUUCAAAUCGCCAACGUCGUUACUCGGUACGGAGAGUCGAAACCUUUCAUUCGAAACGUCUUCUGCCUCGACACUUGCAGUCUCAUCGUCAACACCCAAAUAUUGGAAUUCAAGAAAGAGGAACGGAUGCUGAUGGCAUGGCGUGACUUUGUGGAAAAAGUCGACCCGGAUGUUAUCAUCGGGUACAACAUCGCCAACUUCGACUUUCCAUACUUACUGGACCGUGCCAAACACCUGAAGUGCACUCAAUUUCCCUACUGGACCAGAGUGAGGAACUGCAGGACCGAGGCCAAAGAGGCCAGUUUCUCGAGCAAGCAGAUGGGCAACAGAGAGACAAAAGCGACCAAUACCAACGGCAGAAUUCAGCUCGAUUUGCUUCAAUUGGUACAACGAGACCACCAACUGCGAAGUUACACCCUGAAUUCUGUGUCCUAUGAAUUCCUUGGAGAGCAAAAGGAAGAUGUCCACCACACCAUGAUCACGGAACUGUUUAACGGCACGCCCGAUUCUCGACGUCGAUUAGCAGUUUACUGCUUGAAGGACGCCUACCUCCCACAGAGAUUGAUGGACAAAUUGAUGUGUUUGGUCAACUACACGGAAAUGGCAAGAGUCACGGGUGUUCCCUUCAACUACCUUCUCUCCCGAGGUCAGCAAGUCAAGUUCAUUAGUCAACUGUUCCGAAAGGCUCUGGAGCAGCAACUUGUCAUUCCCAAUUCCAAGUCGCAGGAUGAACAAGAUUACGAAGGUGCCACUGUCAUUGAACCGAAACGUGGUUACUAUGGCGUGCCCAUCGCCACCCUUGAUUUCGCAUCACUGUAUCCGUCGAUUAUUCAAGCACACAACCUGUGUUACACCACGUUACUCAACAAGAACAGUGUCGAAAAGCUUGGUCUCAAAAAGGAUGAAGACUACAUUGUGACGCCAAAUGGGGACAUGUUCUGCACUGCCAAAGUCCGCAAAGGUCUCUUGUCGCAGAUUCUCGAGGAAUUGCUGGGUGCGAGAAAGCGUGCAAAGAGAGAGUUGGCGAGUGAGACCGAUCCAUUCAAGAAAGCCGUCCUGAACGGUCGUCAGCUCGCUCUGAAAAUUAGCGCAAACAGUGUUUACGGUCUGACUGGUGCCACGGUCGGCAAGCUGCCCUGUCUUCCAAUCGCCAGUAGUACUACCAGUUAUGGUCGUCAGAUGAUUGAGAAAACCAAGGCAGAAGUGGAAGCUCGCUAUACCAUUGCCAACGGUUACUCCCAUGAUGCCCAAGUCAUCUAUGGUGAUACCGAUUCAGUCAUGGUCAAAUUCGGCGUUACCGAGUUAGAAGACGCGAUGAAACUCGGCGAGGAAGCCGCAGAAUACGUUUCCUCCAAGUUCAUUAAGCCAAUUAAGCUUGAGUUCGAGAAGGUGUACUUCCCCUACCUGCUCAUCAACAAGAAGCGUUACGCUGGUCUUUAUUGGACCAACACGAAGAAGCAUGACAAGAUGGAUACCAAGGGUAUUGAAACUGUGCGACGUGAUAACUGCCUCCUGGUGCAGAACGUCAUCGAGACUGUUUUGAACAAGAUUCUUAUCGAUCGAGACAUUGAUAGCGCGCAAGACUAUGUGAAAUCAACCAUUUCAGAUCUCCUUCAGAACAAGGUUGAUAUGUCCAAGCUAGUGAUCACAAAAGCCUUGUCACAAAAAGAAUAUGCGGCUAAGCAGGCUCACGUCGAGCUUGCGAAGCGCAUGGCGAAGCGUGAUGCCGGAUCCGCCCCCGCUUUGGGAGAUCGUGUGGCCUACGUGAUGAUCAAGGGCGCGGCCAAUUCAAAGGGCUAUGAGCGUGCCGAGGACCCCAUCUUCGUACUGGAGAACAAUAUUCCUAUUGAUACCAAGUAUUACUUGGAUAACCAGCUUGCCAAUCCACUGGGCCGUAUCUUCGAGCCCAUCCUGGGUGAGAAGAAGGCCAACCAACUGUUGACUGGUGAACACACACGGUCCAUCUCCGUUGCCGCUCCUAGCUUGGGUGGACUCAUGAAGUUCACCAAGCGCACCCAGACCUGCAUGGGUUGCAAGAAGCCGCUUUCCGGCAAGGAAGAAAUGGCCGGUGCCGUGUGCGAGAACUGCCGCCCUCGUAUCGGCGAGUUGUACACCAAGGCCCUGACCAAGGUUUCCGACCUCGAGGUUCGCUUCGGUCGUCUCUGGACUCAGUGUCAGCGAUGCCAAGGCAGUCUUCACUGUGAGGUUAUCUGCUCGUCGCGCGAUUGCCCCAUCUUCUACAUGCGGAUGAAGGCAAAGAAGGACGUAGAGGAUUCUCAGAAGGAGCUGGCCCGAUUUGACUUUGAUGCUGGCGCCUGGUGA